AAUAAAUCUAAGAAGAAGCCGCUACGUUCGCAAGCGUGUCAUUUAGCUGCCGCUAGCAUAGAUAUGAUAGCUACAUUCUGUCACUUUUAACAAUUAAAGAAACCAUAAUAUUAACCUUCAACAUGAGUACCAUGUUCGCAGAUACCAUUCUGAUUGUGUUCAUAUCAGUAUGUACAGCUCUUUUAGCUGAAGGGAUUACAUGGGUGCUGGUGUAUCGCACGGAUAAAUACAAGAGGCUAAAGGCUGAAGUGGAAAAGCAAAGUAAAAAGUUAGAGAAGAAGAAAGAAACCAUUACAGAGUCAGCAGGGCGACAACAGAAGAAGAAAAUCGAGAGACAAGAGGAAAAACUAAAGAACAACAACAGGGAUCUGUCUAUGGUGCGAAUGAAGUCCAUGUUUGCCAUUGGCUUCUGUUUUACGGCCUUGAUGGGAAUGUUCAACUCGAUUUUUGAUGGGCGGGUUGUGGCCAAGCUGCCCUUUGUGCCCUUGUCCUAUAUCCAGGGUCUGUCUCACCGCAAUCUCCUUGGAGAGGACUACACUGACUGCUCCUUCAUAUUCCUCUACAUCCUUUGCACUAUGUCCAUCAGACAGAAUAUUCAGAAGAUGCUGGGUCUUGCCCCCUCUCGGGCUGCUACGAAACAGGCCGGGGGCUUCUUGGGCCCCCCUCCUCAAGCAGCCAAAUUCUCCUAAUCUCUUUUGAGGACUUCUGUGUCCCAUUCUGGCAGACAGGAGGAGAUCGGAGAUGGUGGAGACCCAAGUGCAUCACUGUCUCAUAGCGCUGUGUCAACAUCUGAGCAUGUUUUUACAAAGUUCAAUUUGGAGAUGGGAUGUCAUUAAAAAUACCUACCUGUUUUUUUGUUUAUGUUUUUAAAUCUUUGCUUAUUUAAAAGUGAUAAGUUUAUUAAUUAAUGUAGCAAUCACACUUCUAUGGUGAUGUGUAACGUGUCAGUUUAAGUAUGCAAUAUUUCUAUGCUAUAUCAUUUUCAGCUGAAAUGGCUGUUUUGUAUUGCAUUCUGAGAAAUCAGGUGAUUAUUGGUUUUGGAAUCUACAGAAGUAAUCUGUACGCAGAACACUUUCUGAAGUAUUAAUCAUGAAUCUUCUCAAAGAGACGCUCAUACAGAGAGGUUAAAUGCGUACUUACAAAUAGAUUUUUUUUUAAGUAUGAUUGUUCUACUUUCCCAUAUCAAAUGUAUUGUAUUUCACCCAGACACACUACUUUUUUCAUGAAUGUUGAAGUGUUAAAAGGUGUUAAACCCCUCAUAUGUUGUCGUUCCCCUGUGGUGAGGUCUAGAGUGUGUCCUCUGUUAAAUAAAAUUGUUGGUUUUUUCCUUUUA